AUGGCCCGAGAGUUAAGCCAGGAGGCACUACUGGAUUUUCUGUGCCAGGCCGGGGGAAGAGUGACCAACGCCGCCUUGCUGAGCCACUUCAAGAGCUUUCUCCGAGACCCCGACGCGCCCCCCAGCCAGCACCAGCGCCGCCGCGAGCUCUUCAAGGGCUUCGUCAACUCGGUCGCCGCAGUGCGCCAGGACCCCGACGGCACCAAGUAUGUGGUGCUCAAGAGGAGGUACAGGGACCUUUUGGGGGAGGAGGGGCUGCAGCGACCCCGAGACCCGCCCGCGGCCGCGGCCCCUGCAGGGGGAGCUGCGUCCUGCGCCCCGCAAGGCGCGCGCGGGGGAGAGCAGCCGCUGCCCAGGCGGCGGCUGCGGCGCGAGAAGAAGCCAGAGGAGGAGCCAGCAGGUGCCGCAGCCCCGGCCGCCCACUCAGGUUGCAGUGGACUCGCAGCCCGCCGCACCCGGGAGGCAGCCCGGGGAGGCGGCGGGCGGAGGGGCGGCUCUGGCCCCGGGGCGGGAGCGAGGUGCGCCGCUGCGGAGACACAGGGCCGCUGCUGCUGGGAAUGCCUCCAGAACAGCCUGGAGGGACUGCCGGGGGAGCAGGUGCUCGGUGCAGUCCCGGGCCCCGCCACCGCCGGGGAGAAGCCGGCGAGUGCCCCGCCGGCCCAGGAUGACCGCGGGGCUCCCAGGCGGCAGUCGGAAGGCGCGCCCGCAGAGCACGCACGGGUGCCCGCGGCGCCCUGCUCGCCUCCUACAACUGUCGAGGCUGCCGGGAGCCGGGCUUCGCCUCCUGCUCUCCUGUCCCGCCCUGUUUCCCCCGGAGACCCGCCAGAGCUGUUGACCCCGGACUCUCUGCAUUAUCCCACCCUGCAGCAGCAGCAACAGCGCACUUGGGAAUUGGUGGCCAGACAUCCCCAGAUUCCCAAGGCCCGGGACCAAGGCCCCAUCCGAGCUUGGUCGGUCCUGCCGGACAGCUUCCUCCAGCUACCCUCGGAGCUGAGCUUCUGGGUCCGGGAACCUAACUCAGAGCCUCCAGACCCCACUCUUCCCUCUCAUUCUGUCCUUUCUGUUGUUCCGGAAUCCUGUCCCGAGAACCCUCCAUUGGCAGUCUUUCGUAGCAUUCGUUGUCAGCUGUCCCUGCAAGAUCUGGAAGAUUUUGUGGACCAACAGAGCCACGGCAGUGAGGAGAGCAGCAGUGGGCCCAAAGAAUCUCCUGGGGGUUCUGAAGAGGGGCUGCAGGUUGCUCUGGGAACCCCAGAUUGGAGAAAGCUCAGGAAUCCAGCUGGAGGUCUUUCUCCAAAGGAGGGCAGCCCCAGCAAGAGCCUUCAGGGCCUCAGGAACAGAGGUGAUGGUCACACCUCUCAGCUGGUCUCGACAGAGGCUAAUGGCCUUGCAGAUCACCCCCAGGAGUCUUUGCCCUGGCCAGCUCCCAGGUUAAGGAGAUCCCUCAGGAGGAGCUCUCAGGCAGGGAGAACCAAAUUGUCUUCUUCUGAUGAGGAGUAUCUUGAGCAGGACUUGCUGAAAAGGACUCGGCGCCCACCGCGGUCCAGGAAACCCUCCAAGGCAGGAACAGCAUCCAGCCCAAGAGUGGAUGCUGCUUUGAUACCCAAACCUACAGACAUUAAGGCUUCUGUAGCUGAGCGGUGUCCGCCACACACCUCCUGGGCCUGGGCUGGGGAGGAGUCUGCAGCCUUGGUCCCACACAGACCUUCUGAGCACAAGUCAUCUGUGGUCCCCCUGGAUGCCAGGGAGCACGAAUGGAUUGUGAAGCUUGCCAGUGGCUCUUGGAUUCAGGUGUUGACUUUGUUUUGGGAGGACCCCCAGCUGGCUCUGCACAAAGACUUCUUGACUGGGUACACUGCCUUGCACUGGAUAGCCAAACAUGGUGACCUCAGGGCCCUUCAGGAUUUUGUCUCCAGCACACAGAAAGCAGGGAUUGCUCUUGAUGUCAAUGUGAAGUCCAGUUGUGGAUAUACCCCUCUGCACCUUGCAGCCAUUCAUGGCCACCAGGGGGUCAUCAAAUUGCUAGUGCAAAGGUUGGCUUCUCAGGUGAACAUCCGGGACAGCAGUGGGAAGAAGCCAUGGCAGUAUCUGACCAGUAAUACCUCUGGGGAGAUAUGGCAGCUACUGGAAGCCCCUCGGGGCAGGCCCAUUUUUCCUGUCUAUCCUUUAGUCCGAAGCUCUUCCCCCACCAGGAAGGCCAAAAGCCGGGAAAUAUCAAGAAAUAUCACCCGGAAGACUUCCUUUGCUGCACUCCUCAAAAAUCAGCACAGCAAAUGGAAAUUGGCCAACCAGUAUGAGAAAUUCCCCAAUCCAAGGGAAAGAGAAGAGUACAGUGACUGA